AUGGACUCUGUUGCCAGCCACAGCUGCUACCUCCUUCAGCAGCUUCAUGAGCAGCGCAUUCAAGGUCUUCUCUGCGAUUGCAUGUUGGUGGUCAAAGGUGUCUGUUUCAAAGCACAUAAAAAUGUGUUAGCUGCUUUCAGCCAAUAUUUCAGGACCCUAUUUCAGAAUUCUUCAGGACAGAAGAAUGAUGUAUUUCAUCUGGAUAUUAAAAAUGUUGGUGGCAUAGGGCAAAUCUUGGACUACAUGUACACGUCCCACCUUGACCUGAACCAGGACAAUGUACAACCUCUUUUGGAUAUUGCACAAUGUCUACAAGUGCAGAAUGUCUUGAACGUGUGUCGUUCCUUUCUAAGAUCCUCUGCGAUUUUGGAGCAGCCAGCUGCUAUGCCUUGUAACAAUGCCUUCCCAUUGCAAAAUACUUUGGCUGCAGAUACUAGUUGUGAGACUUACGAUGCUAAUUUGCUGUGUGCUUGUUCCCCAGCUGCACAGCCCAGCAAGCUCUUGGAUGAUCAUCAUUUGCAGGGGACACUGCCUGCUGCACUUCCCACCUCUUCUGGUAAGGUAGACAAACAGAAGCAAGAUUCCAUGGAUGCUAGUUGCACAGAUCUCCCUUUUAAGCAGCCAAAUUGUUAUUACAAACUUCGUAACCUUUAUAGCAAACAGUUCUACAAGCAAACAGUUUGUCCCAGCAAUGAACAAUCACCAGAGCCAUCCUUUGCUUUUAGUGCCUCUGCAGAACGCAGUGCAGUCGAAAAUAGUGCUUCUUGUAUCAUCAGUCACUCGGAAUGUAUUUUGGAAUCACCUGAUCAUUUACCUUCAAACUUCCUGGUUCAGCCCUUAAAUGAGUGUAAUGAAGAUCAGGAUUCAGAAAGCACGCCUUUACAGCCAGCUGAACAUAUGAGACUUAAAAAAGCAGUGUCCCUUAAAAAACUGAAUUUCCUACGGUCUCAGAAGUCUUCAGACUUAAGUUCUCCUGAACUUAAAAUUCCUGAUGGGGACAUUGCUAGGGAAACUGAGUCAGAAAGAGGAAGUGACAUGCAGAGGACAAGUGCUGCUGCUGGAAACAAAGAAGUGAAAGAGCUGGUCAGUUCUGAAGGCUUGGCGGAAAAUGCCGAGCUUGAGCCAUCUCAGGAACUUUCUGAAGUGAAUGGCCAAUCCCAGAUUUUCCUUUCAGAGAGACAGUAUCCUUGUGCAUUAUGUGGGAAAGCUUUUAAACACCCAAGCAAUCUGGAGCUCCACAUAAGAUCUCAUACAGGUGAGAAGCCAUUUGAAUGCAACAUUUGUGGGAAAUGUUUCUCACAGGCAGGCAAUCUUCAGACUCAUUUACGUCGGCAUUCGGGUGAAAAACCUUACAUCUGUGAAAUCUGCGGGAAACGGUUUGCUGCUUCUGGGGAUGUCCAGCGCCAUAUUAUUAUCCAUACUGGAGAAAAGCCUCACUUGUGUGAUAUUUGUGGCCGAGGAUUUAGUAACUUCAGUAAUUUAAAGGAACACAAAAAGAACCAUGCAGUAGAGAAAGUUUUCACCUGUGAUGAGUGCGGAAAGUCCUUUAACCUACUCAGGAAAUUGGUAAAGCACAGGAUCAGGCACACGGGAGAGCGGCCUUAUAGCUGCUCAGCUUGUGGAAAAUGCUUUGCAGGGUCUGGUGACCUACGAAGACACAUCCGGACUCACACUGGGGAAAAGCCGUAUACCUGUGAGACUUGCAAUAAAUGCUUCAGUCGCUCUGCCGUCUUACGUCGGCACAAAAAAAUCCAUUGUAAAUCGGGUAACGAAGAUCCAAACAGUCUGGAUGAGCUCACCCAAACCAUGGAAAUGUCUGACCUUGAAAAGUCCCAAACGCCAGACUCCUUCACCCAAGAAAUAUCAAUAACUUUACUGCCAGUGUCAGUGACAUUUCCCACCCACCCAACUGAAAAUUCAGCGAGUGAAUCGGAGAGCCCUGCAGUAACAUUUCGGAAAGUGCCGGCUGAAGCGCAACAGAGCAAUUGCGGAAACCACCAGAAACUGAGCUUAGAUCCUGUUAAGCUCUCCAGAUCUCAGAGAAGAUCGUUCUCUUAUAAAGAAGUGGACACGCCCCCAGAGGAGGGGCCUCUGCCAUCUGACGGGAUCCCCAUGAUUCGCUCCACUGGGGCCAGCCUGGGCAGCAGCUGUAGUAGCGAACUGAGUAGCCGUGUAUCAUCUGCGGAGUAUAGAAGUAACGACGGGCCGUUCUUCUCCAGCGUGACCCUGUGGGGUUUAGCCAUGAAGACUUUGCAGAACGAGAAUGAGUUGGGUCAGUGA